GCCUAUUGCUGGCAUAAUCUUUACAAUUGCCAAUAUGCUUUCACGAACUUUAUUUGCGACAUUGCCGGCGCUUCUCGUCGGCGCUCAGCAGUACAGCCUCACGGAAACGGGCGGACGUAAUACCGUAGAUUACCGCCUGCACCUCAAGGUAGAUGGCAAGCCGGCCUCGUUCUGGCAUGAUGUCGCCUUGUAUCCUCAGCAAGGCAACGCGUCGGUUGUGAACUUUGUCGUUGAGAUACCUCGCUGGAAAGACGGCAAGAUUGAGAUUCGUCGCGAUGAGCCUUUGAAUCCAAUCUUCCACGACGACAACGAAGAAGGGCCGCGUUUCGUGGAGAGUAUCUGGCCGCACCGCUCCUAUCCAUUCUUGUAUGGCUCGAUCCCGCAGACAUGGGAAAGUCCUAAUUUCAACCACUCUUUCACAAAUUUUCCUGGCGACAAUGAUCCAGUUGAUGCCUUUGACAUUGGGCAAGAUAUUGGCUAUGUCGGACAGAUCAAGCAGGUGAAGAUCCUCGGAGCGCUUGCUGUUAUCGACGGCGACGAAACGGAUUGGAAGAUUCUGGUCAUUGAUGUCAACGAUCCUCUGGCACCCUAUGUCAACGAGGUUCAGGAUCUCGAACAAUAUCGACCUGGUGUUGCGGAGAGCUAUAGACAGUGGUUCCGAACGUACAAAGUUCCCCGUGGCGACGGCACACUUACCAUCGCCGGCGAGAACUACCAAAAUGCGACUUUCACAUCUGCCAUCAUUGCCGAGUCGCAUGAGUGGUGGCAAGAACUGGUCGCUGGCGAAGUCGACAGCAAUGAGAUCAAUUACAACCAGACUAGCUCAGCAGAAUACAACAGCAGCUACGUUGAGCCAGGGAGCGCAUGGGACGAGUUGGAAAUCCCCAGAUGGUCGACGUAUGGUCAAGCUGCGCAGAAGCCUGAACGCUUCAAUCGCUGGUAUUAUCUGGACGAUCAUGAGGAGCUGAUUGUGUUGCCUGGAGACUAUUCGCCUCCGAAGGAUGAUUGAGCCGAGUGUGAAGUGAACAAAAGCAGUUCUACUACCUAGCUGCCUGGCGAUGGCAUCUUUAAGAAGAGCAGGCCGUGAUAUUACAUAUCGUACAUCUAGGAGAUAUCAUACAGUUCCGAUCCGUGCAAGGCACGAUCAUGCGGGUACAAGCUCGCCCGACUUGAUCACAUCUUCCGGGAAAUCCUUCAGAGGGUCUUCGUGGUCAAAGUGCCACUUUGCUCUCUCUUGUCGUGUCCACUGACAAAUGUUGAAGCUCUUGCCACCCCGGAUCGGCCUGCUCAUGUGGUAGCCCC